UAAAACUUGAAAUAUUCAUCUUUAAUCUUUAUUCUUUAACUUCUGUAGUUCUGUGGCUCAACACUGCUUUCUUAAAUGAAUACUUUCCUACGAAGUACUCAAGUACAUCCUUAAUUCUUCAUUACCAUUUCGUUGUGUAUGACAUUCAGAAAUAAUCAACGACCGUUGGACUUCUGUGGAGGUUUUAAUCACUUGGAAUUAAAAUUAUUAUUGUUAUGGAUUCUUUUCUAAAAACUGGAAAAAUCAACCAAGAUCAACAAUCUACCAGCAGUGGUCAAAAAAGUAAAGAUGGAUCGCGAGGAAUUUCUGAUAGUACCACACCUUGGGUGGAAAAAUAUCGACCUCGUACAGUUGAUGAAGUAUCUGAACAGUCGGAGAUUGUAGCUGUACUAAAACAAUGUUUAGAACAAGGUGCUGAUAUGCCUCACUUAUUAUUUUAUGGUCCACCUGGUACUGGUAAAACUAGUACCAUAAUUGCAGCUGCACGCCAGUUGUUUGGAGAUAUGUACAAAAGCCGUAUGUUAGAACUUAAUGCAUCUGAUGACCGUGGUAUUCAAGUGAUUCGAGAUAAAGUUAAAACAUUUGCACAGCUUACAGCUUCUGAUCGACGACCAGAUGGUAAACCUUGUCCACCAUUUAAAAUUGUUGUAUUAGACGAAGCUGACUCAAUGACAGCAGCUGCUCAGGCAGCCCUUAGACGUACCAUUGAACGAGAGACAAAGACUACUAGAUUCUGCCUUAUUUGUAACUAUGUAAGUUGCAUUAUUGACCCAUUAACAUCCCGUUGCUCUAAAUUCAGAUUUAAACCUUUAUCACAUGACAUAAUGCUAGCUCGUCUUGAGCACAUAUGUAAAGAAGAAAAUGUUAAGUGUGCACCACGGGUGUUAGCACGGUUGGUUGAUGCUUCUGGUGGAGAUAUGCGUAGAGCAAUUACAUCACUUCAAAGUACAGCUAGAUUAAAAGGAGAAGAUGGUAUUGAAGAAUCAGAUGUUCUAGAAGUUGUUGGCACUGUCCCUGAUGUUUGGUUAGAUCGUAUGAUAGAUAUAGGUCGUACAUAUGACUAUCAAAAAAUGGAUGGUUUUGUGGAAGAUUUAAUAUUUGAUUCCUAUUCAGCAGCUCAAGUUUUAGAACAAUUGCAUGAUAAAAUAGUGUUUUCUACAGAUUUAUUGGAUAAACAAAAGGCACUAAUUUGCAAAACUAUUAGUAUUUGUGCCUAUAGACUACAAGAAGGCUGUAGUGAAUAUGUCACUCUUUUACAUCUGUUAUGUUCAGUUGCUAAAGCAUUAAAAGGCUAAGUUAUAAAAUAUGUAUUGUAUUGUAUUAUUUUUUUUUAUUUCAUUUUUAUUAAAUUUAUAUUUUUACUUUAAACAAUAAAAUAAAAAGUUUAAUCAUUA